GACUUCAUUUUCCAUGUGCAAAAUUCUGGAAUAUUGUAAGAGACCACAAUCGACCGUAACUGCCAAAAUCGAUUUUUUUUAUCAUCUUUGUUUCAUUCCCGAUUUCCCAUCACUCAAUAUCACUCCACGUCUCUCACUCUCUUGUAUAUAUUUUUUUAAAUUUUUUUUUUCAUUUAAUUUCUCAACCAAAUACAAAUUAAUAAUUGUGGUUUUGGGUUUUGUUUACUCUACAAUUUGGUUCAUUGACUUGUGUGUUUGAAGAAAUGAAGAAGAAGAAGGAAUUUAUUCGAUUAGACCGUGAGUCUGUAAUUCCCAUCUUUAAGCCCAAGUUAAUUCAUUGUUUAACCCAACUCAUUGAAAGUGAGUCGGAGAGGGCAGAAUUCUUAACAUUUUGUAAUAGAGUUGACUACACGAUUCGAGCUUGGUAUCUUAUACAAUUUGAAGAGCUGAUGCAAUUAUUCAAACUUUUUGAACCGGUUGCUGGAGCUCGCAAAUUGGAAGAGUGCAAUUUUCCUGAAGAUAAAAUUGAAUUAGUCGAGGAGAAGUUUCUUGCUCUACUAUUUAAGAUGUUGGAAAAAAGCAAUUUCAAGAUGGUGACAAAUGAGGAGUUUGAAGUUGCUGCAUCUGAGAAUUAUUGUCUAAAUCUUCCAAUCAAAGUUGAUGAAGCUAAGCUAGACACAACACUUUUGAAGAGGUUUUUUGCGAAGCAUCCCCGAGAUAACCUUCCCCACUUUGCUAAACAGUACAUCAUUUUUCGGCGUGGUUUUGGAAUGGAUCGAAAGGCUGGUUACUUUGCUCAAUGGAAAAUCGAUGCUCUUAUUUCACGAAUUGCGCAAGGCUUCUUGAGAUUGACUGGUCUGAGUAAGUUAUUCUCAAAAAAGAGAAGGAAGCAACAUGUGAAAAAUGAAGAACUGCACGAAGUUUUAGUCACCGAAAAUGAUGAACAGGAUGAGGAUGAUGAUGGUGGUGGUGAUGAACACAGCUUAUUAAUUGAAAGGAUUCGUAUUCAGAAUAUGAAUCUCAGUCCUUGCAACUUACUCAGUAAAACGACAAUCCAAGAGCCAACCUUCGAGAAGAUUAUUAUUAUAUACAGAUUGAAAUCAACUGAAGACGGAAGAGCAAUUUAUGUAAAGCACUUCAAACACAUUCCCAUGGCUGACAUGGAAAUUGUUCUUCCCGAAAAGAAGAGUCCAGGAUUAACUUCAUAUGACUGGUUUAAACUCCUUGUUUCAGCUGCAAUUGGACUGGUGACAGUUAUAACCCAGCUCUGCCAGACUACAGCUAAUCUGAAAGUGUUGGCUACUGUCGGCUCCGCAGUGGUUUGUUAUUGUGCUAAGAUAUAUUUCACGUUUCAGGCCAAUUUGAGUGACUAUCAUAGUUUAAUCACCCAGUCCAUGUAUGACAAACAACUAGACAGUGGAAGAGGCACUCUACUUCAUCUAUGUGAUAAUGUUCUGAAACAAGAAGUUAAAGAGGUUAUUAUUGCAUUCUUCGUGUUGAUGAAGUAUGGGAAUUUCAACUGUGAAGACCUUGACCGGAAAUGUGAGGAGCUGAUAUUAGAGCAAUUUAACGAACAAUGUGACUUUGAUGUAAAUGAUGCUAUUGACAAGUUAGAGAAACUAGGUAUUGUUUAUAAGGAUCAAUCUGACCGGUACUCAUCUCUUGAUGUUAAGAAGGCUAAUGAUGUCAUUGGCACCACUACAGAGGAAAUUGUUAAAAAAGCUAGUCGGGGCGAUGAGUGGGGUGAUGACUGAAGGCAAUGUUACAAGCUUGCAGAGAGAUAGGCACCAAAUGCAGGUGUUCAUUACUAUUGAAGAGACUCAAUAAGCACAUGCAUUGGGGGGAAUUGUAUUGGUCGGCUUGCAGCUUAAUGAUAUAAUCCAAAUGAAACAUUUUUCUGUUUGCAUUUAUAUGAGAGUUCUUGGCUAAUAGUCUUUUGCUUUUCUAAUCUUUUGUACAUAAGUCAGCUUACAACUUGAGUAAAUGAAAUUGGCUACAGCAUAAUGGGCACGCUGGAAUUUUCAA